GAAUGGCAUUCCUUGUGACUUUCCUGACGCUACUUUGUUUCAACCUAGUUUGGACUGAGGAUCUUCCAAAAUCAGAGCAUUGCGAUGUCCCCGACAAGGCUCAGCUGGAAGACAAGCUAGACAAGCUAAUCCGAAAACUCCCCGAGGAGCACGUGGCCAUCCAGACAGAAGUGGCAAUACUGCAUCGCGCCAUCUUCUUAGAAGAGGGAACUCUAUUUGGCCUUAACCUCCUCCAGCAAGACAGACCCUACAAGACGUUUUGCCGCGGAAAGGACACAGUCAGCGUCUUCAGCGUGCGUUCCAGGUACUCCCUGCGGAUGCACAUCGCCUGGAGGCUUUGUUCGGGAGUCAACGGCACCUUCACCUCUAAGGCUAACCUUGUGAGGUUUGAAGGAGAGCUGGUGACGACGAAGACAGAUUCUGGCACAGAAUAUAGAAUUAGAAAUGUAAUUCCGGUGGUACUGGAAGGCUUGCACAUCGGAAUCAACGGCGUUGGAGACACCGUGGAUGAAAUUUCGAACGCACUGGGAGUUAUCCUUUCGGGACUCGCAAGAAUACUUUGGGUCCAAGGAAUAACACCUUUCGUCGAAGAAGCGUUUCAGCAAGCUCUGAAUGACCUGAAUUAA